AGACGUAGGCCAACCGGAGCCCAGCGGCGCAGGCGCAGCAGCAGGACGUGGAAAAGGGAGGGUGCUGCGAGGCCCGGGUUCACCAGCUUGGACAGGCUCUGCGCGGUGCCCGGCCGCUAUGGGCAAGCGGGUAGCUCUGGUUCUCGCCGGCUGUGGCGUCUUCGAUGGCACCGAAAUUCACGAGGCCUCGGCGGCACUGGUGCAUCUCAGCCGCGGCGGCGCAGAGGUGAAGAUAUUUGCCCCAAAUAUUGAGCAAAGGGAUGUAGUCAAUCACCUAAAAGGAAGUCCAACAGAAGAGAAGAGAAAUGUGUUAGUAGAAAGUGCCAGGUUGGCAAGAGGAAACAUUCAAGAUUUGGCUGAACUGAAAGCUAGUGAAUUUGAUGCAGUCAUUUUCCCGGGUGGCUUUGGUGUAGCAAAGAACCUGUGCUCCUGGGCUGUAGAUGGCAAGAACUGUACUGUCAAUGAGCACGUGAACUCCACACUCCAGGCUUUCCACAGUGCUAAAAAGCCCAUUGGUUUGUGCUGCAUAUCACCGGUUCUGGCAGCUAAAGUCUUUCCUGGUUGUGAGGUUACAGUUGGCCAAGAUAAAGAUGUAGAUGGAAGAUUUCCUGAUGCUGAAACAGCAUCUGCUAUAGUUGAGCUUGGAUGUAAGCACAUUUGCAAAAAUGUAAAUGAAUCCCAUGUGGACAAAGCCAAUAAAAUAGUUACUACCUGUGCCUUCAUGUGCAAGGCUCCUCUGCAUGAAAUCUUUGAUGGAAUUGGAACAAUGGUACAAGAAGUCCUGAAACUUGCAUGACCGGAAUCAUACAGACUUCUACAGGGAAAUCAGUGUAACUGAGAAUAAGCAUUUAGCUUCCUUUGAACGUAGUAAUAAAAUAAUGCAACUACUAAA